ACAAAGAAUCUCGAACGUCAGACAAGCCAAAUCUGCUCAUUUGUAAUCGAACCAAGACUCUAGAUAGAGUUGUUUGCGAGAGUGAGAUAUAGUGGCUCGUGAACUUGUGGAAACACCGAUUCUCCAAGUGUAGUGUUGCAUCAUAACUUCCAGAAACGUGAUUUUCGUGAAUCUUGUAUUCUUCUGCCACACUGCGUGUCACCGAAAACUGCUGCAAUAAUGUUGAAGGCGGCGAAAUUCCUCACUCGCUCUCUGGUUGAGAACCGGGCACUGCUACAGAAUGGUGGAAUCCUCGGAAAUAAUCUACGAUUCAAAUCCGACACUGUCAAAGGUGCCGUCAUCGGUAUUGAUCUGGGAACGACGAAUUCGUGCGUCGCUGUGAUGGAGGGCAAACAGGCGAAAGUUAUCGAGAAUGCCGAGGGUGCCCGCACAACUCCUUCACAUGUGGCUUUCUCCAAAGACGGCGAACGGUUGGUCGGUAUGCCAGCGAAACGUCAGGCCGUCACAAACUCAGCCAACACUUUCUACGCCACCAAGCGAUUGAUUGGUCGCCGUUUUGAAGAUGCAGAAAUCAAGAAAGACAUGAAAAAUUUGUCCUACAAAGUGGUCAAAGCUUCCAACGGAGAUGCUUGGGUUCAGGGUGGCGAUGGUAAGGUAUAUUCGCCCAGCCAGGUUGGUGCUUUUGUGCUGAUGAAAAUGAAGGAAACUGCCGAAGCUUAUUUGAAUACGCCCGUCAAGAACGCAGUUGUAACUGUUCCUGCCUAUUUCAAUGACUCGCAGCGACAGGCCACCAAGGAUGCCGGACAGAUUGCUGGUUUGAAUGUGUUGCGUGUAAUUAACGAACCAACUGCUGCUGCACUGGCUUAUGGUAUGGAUAAGAGCGAAGACAAGAUCAUUGCUGUGUAUGAUUUGGGCGGUGGUACCUUCGAUAUCUCCAUCCUCGAGAUUCAGAAGGGUGUGUUUGAAGUGAAGUCAACCAACGGCGACACUAUGUUGGGUGGGGAGGACUUCGAUAAUACAAUUGUGAAUUAUCUCGUUGCGGAAUUCAAAAAAGAACAAGGCAUCGACAUCACCAAGGAUCCGAUGGCCAUGCAGCGUCUGAAGGAGGCAGCCGAAAAGGCCAAGUGCGAGUUAUCGUCCUCUGUUCAAACCGAUAUUAACUUGCCUUACAUCACAAUGGAUGCAUCUGGACCAAAGCAUUUGAACCUCAAAUUCACCCGAGCUAAGCUGGAGCAGUUGGUUGGGGACUUGAUCAAACGUACGAUCGCACCCUGUCAGAAGGCUCUUUCCGAUGCCGAGGUAUCCAAGUCGGACAUCGGGGAGGUUCUGUUGGUCGGUGGAAUGACUCGUAUGCCAAAAGUACAGCAAACAGUACAGGAAAUCUUCGGCCGUACGCCCUCCCGUGCUGUGAAUCCCGAUGAAGCCGUUGCCGUUGGCGCUGCCGUUCAGGGUGGCGUGCUGGCUGGUGAUGUAACCGAUGUGCUUCUGCUAGACGUUACUCCUCUUUCCCUGGGUAUCGAGACCCUCGGCGGUGUGUUCACUCGUUUAAUCACCCGCAACACAACCAUUCCCACUAAGAAGUCACAAGUUUUCUCGACUGCUGCUGAUGGCCAGACGCAGGUCGAAAUCAAGGUCCACCAGGGUGAGCGUGAGAUGGCUUCCGACAAUAAGAUGCUUGGUUCGUUCACUUUGGUUGGUAUUCCACCAGCACCACGUGGAGUGCCACAAAUCGAAGUGGUCUUCGAUAUUGAUGCCAACGGUAUCGUGCACGUUUCGGCCAAGGAUAAGGGAACCGGAAAGGAACAACAAAUCGUUAUCCAAUCAUCCGGUGGCUUGAGCAAAGAUGAAAUUGAAAACAUGGUCAAGAAUGCCGAACAGUUUGCUGCUACAGAUAAGCUUAAAAAGGAGCGCAUCGAAGCUAUUAACCAGGCUGAAGGCAUCGUUCACGACACAGAAUCGAAAAUGGAAGAAUUCAAGGAUCAAUUGCCUAAGGAUGAGUGUGAUAAACUGCGUGAGGAAAUUGCCAAGGUGCGGGAAAUCCUAGCCAACAAGGACGAAGCCGAUCCAGAGGAAAUCCGCAAAACCGUCGGUACACUUCAGCAAUCAUCUCUGAAGUUGUUUGAGAUGGCUUACAAAAAGAUGGCUUCCGAGCGCGAGAGCAGCGGCAGCUCAAGUGGCAGCAGCAGCAGUAGUGAAGACGCAGAAAAGAAGGAGAAGGAGAACAAAAACUAAUCCAUUACUUUAAAAAAAUACAUCCUGUAAAAAUAGUUUUUAGUUUCCUAGUAUUAGUUUAUUUUGCCGGACAUCAUCGAUAACCAUUAAUAUACAAUUAGCCACAACUCCAGGUAUACAAUGCAUGUGUGUACUAUCCGUAUGUUUACCUUUGUCAACAUGUUGUCUAUACAUAGGACUAAAACACCACUGCAGGCGGUUUAGUUGACUGAUUCGGACUACGAACACAAUUUCAGUAAGGGAUAAAGAUUGGAUGAGCAUUGUAUAAAUCACAAUUCCCAAAACACAGCACACAGCAAAAGUGCACAAUUUGAACCAAAAUGAUCGGAUAGCAUAGUGUUUUCUUUAGCCUUAGUAGUAUCAUAUUGGCAAGCGAGAGCGAACUAUUCCUAUUGAUUGAUUCAUGCAUACAUAAUCUCCUUGUGGUUCGGACCGAUUUGAUAGGGAAGAGAAAUUAUCGAAUAGUGUUGUUAUUAUAUUUCGACUCUGAGAAUCAAUAAGUUAUAUUGAACGACGACUAUCGUGCUGUAUAGUUGUGCCCCCGAGGAAAAUCAUUUCCGAUGCAAUAAAGUCAUAAUAUCUAAUGAA